ACGACGACGACAAGAAGAAGUAGAGGAGGCUAGUAAUUAGGUUUAAUACAAGUAGCAAUAUAACAACAACAACACCAUAAGCAAACAAAAGUAAUCAUUAUCCACAAGGAGGAAUAUGAUGAAUGAAGAUACGACGAGUGCGUCAACGUCAUCCAGUGGCGGUGUGAGAAAGUUCUUUCAACGUUUAUCACAAAUCUAUCAAUCUGCCUUGGAUCGAUCCACACCACAUACAAAACUGCGUUGGAGUGCAGCGGGUGCACUAGUUUUAAUAUUCCUGUUGCGCAUAUUUUUAAACCAGGGCUGGUACAUUAUCUGCUAUGCUUUGGGCAUUUUUCAUUUAAAUUUGUUUAUAGCAUUUUUAACGCCAAAAAUCGAUCCGGAAUUCGAUCCAUAUGCCAAUGAUGACGAUGGUCCAAAUUUGCCAACACGCAGUAAUGAAGAAUUUCGGCCGUUUAUACGACGCCUGCCCGAAUUCAAAUUCUGGCUAAGCAUUACAAAAAGUACAACAAUAGCGAUAAUCUGUACAUUCUUUGAUUGUUUCAAUAUACCCGUAUUUUGGCCCAUACUGGUCAUGUACUUCAUAACGUUAUUCUGCAUAACAAUGAAACGACAAAUUAAGCAUAUGAUAAAAUACAAGUAUUUGCCUUUUACACGCAAUAAGCCUCGUUAUCAACGCGUUGGUGAGCAAACGGAUUCAUCAAAGUGACAAUUAGCCGCACAGACAUUGCCUACAACAAACGACAGUCGAAGUGAAGAAAAAGCAACUACAGCCGAAACAACAAUAGCAUCUACCCUAAUACCAUCAUCAUUGUUAUCGGGGGUAACAGCCGCAUCAGCAACCACAACUAAUGUAGUAGCAAAACCACCGCAAAUUAUAAUGAUUGAUGAAUGAAACAACAAUAAAUUCUCUAUACAA